AUGUUAGCCACUACGAUGGCGACAGUGGAGAGUACCACGAGCAGCAGCAGCUUCAAAGAAUCCGGCAGAGGCGCCAGCGCCAGGCAAAGCAUGCUGCCGACCGACGCGAGCCAGCCCACGCCGUCUAUGAGCCGGGACGAGUCCACCGUGUUGAAGUGGUACUGCCACUGCGCCAGGCACGCGCAGGUGAUGCCGGAGAGCAGCAUCGUGCCGCCCACCCGGCAGCGAAGCCUCCGCAGCGCGGUCUGCCCGGCCCGGAUGCGGUCGUGGACCUCCCUGCCGCCCAGGCCCGCGGAGCUGCGGCGCAGCAGCCCGUCCGCCGCCGCGGGCGCGGAGCCCGCGCGGCGGACCCCGCCG